GUACCUGAAGUAUCCAACGCAACCUCACGACAGUUUGGGCAGUGGCAUUGUUGUUCUGUGCUCACUGUUGUAGGGCUGUCCGGAGGAAAAAAAACUAAACAAAACAAAACCCUCCCCCCAAAAAAACAACCACCAUCUAUCUUUGGGGAAGAUGCUAGCUUUUGUGGUCGCCUGAUGUUUUUGUAGUUGUGAACGUUUACAGUUUUUUGUCUUUUCUGUUUAAGAUUCGGGGACGCUGCUAGCAUAUAGCUAGCUCGACUAUAGCACUCGCAAAAAUGAAUUCCAACACGCACGUAAUCCAGGUGACAAACGUUUCACCGAGUACCACGUCCGAACAAAUGAGGACUCUGUUUGGAUUCCUCGGAACCAUAGAGGAGCUCAAACUGUUCCCGCCCGAUGACUCUCCCUUGCCUGUGACUUCACGUGUCUGUUUUGUAAAAUUCCUUGAGGCUGAGUCCGUGGGAGUUUCCCAACAUCUGACGAACACAGUCUUCGUGGACAGAGCCUUGAUCGUGGUCCCUUUCGCUGAAGGAGUCAUUCCCGAUGAAUCUAAAGCUAUGUCGCUGUUGGCUCCAGCCAAUGCUGUGGCAGGAAUGAUGCCCGGUGGAGGCCUUCUUCCGACGCCGAAUCCUCUGGCAUCUGUGAGUUUUCACUUUACUGUUGCAGGUAAGAAAGAUGACAAGCGCAAACAUUCCCGCUCUCGUUCGCGUUCACGGCGCAGACGAACCAGAUCUCGUUCAAGACACAGACGUUCGAAGAGCAGAUCUCGGCGUAGGUCUCAUUCAAGGAGCAGGAGGAGGUCCAAGAGCCCACGGAGGAGGAGGUCCUACUCCCGGGAUCGAGGCCGUCGCAGUAGAUCUAGAGACAGGAGGAAGGAGGAGAAAUCCAAGAAAAGAUCCAAGACUCCCCCCAAAAGCUACAGCAGCGCCAGGAGGUCUCGGAGCAUUAGUCGGAGACACAGGCGAAGUCGCAGUGCUUCUCGCUCCCCUAAGAGAAGGGUCUCCAGGUCUCCGUCCCCCAGACGCCACAAGAAAGAAAAAAAGAAGGACAAG